AUGGUUCAGCAGUUGCUCUACCGUGCAUUGGUCUCCACCAAGUGGUUAUCAGAAUCUAUCCGAGCUAACAAGCUAGGGCCUAGCCUUCGAGUGCUGGAUGUAUCGUGGUACUCACCAGGUACCCGUGAGGCACGGAAGGAGUACCUAGAACGCCAUGUGCCAGGUGCCUCCUUCUUUGAUAUUGAAGAGUGCCGGGAUACGGCUUCGCCCUACGAGAUGAUGCUGCCCAGUGAAGCACACUUUGCCGACUAUGUGGGCCACCUAGGCAUCAGCAACAACACGCAUGUGGUGGUAUAUGACGGUGACCAUCUGGGCUCCUUCUAUGCACCCAGGGUCUGGUGGAUGUUCCGUGUGUUUGGCCACCGCACCGUAUCAGUGCUCAAUGGUGGCUUCCGAAACUGGCUGAAGGAGGGCCACCCAGUGACAUCUGAGCCCUCACACCCAGAGCCAGCCAUCUUCAAAGCCACAUUGGACCCUUCCCUGGUCAAGACUUAUGAGCAGAUGCUGGAGAACCUCAAAACGAAGAGGUUCCUGAUGGUGGAUUCACGGGCUAAAGGCCGUUACCUGGGUACUGAGCCGGAGCCGGAUGCAGUCGGACUGGACUCAGGCCACAUCCGUGGCUGUCUCAACAUGCCAUUCAUGGACUUCCUGACGGAAGAAGGCUUUGAGAAGACCCCUGAAGAGCUCCGUGCCAUGUUCAAGGCCAAGCAGGUGGACCUUUCACUGCCUCUCAUAGCCACCUGCCGAAAAGGCGUCACUGCCUGCCACAUUGCCCUGGCUGCCUACCUCUGUGGCAAGCCCGACGUAGCCGUCUACGAUGGCUCCUGGUUUGAGUGGUUCCACCGGGCGCCCCUGGAGACCCGUGUGCCCCAGCGGAAGGGUGAGAAGGCCUGA